AUGAGUACGAAAUCAGAUCAUGUGACUGGCAUCAUAGCCACAGGUAGUCGAGAGUCAAGACCGAUCUUCGGUGACAUGGCAAGCAGUCUCAAAUUUCUCGAUGUACCUUCAAGGGAUAUCUUCAGAGCUCGAUGUUACAUCCGAAGUCAAGACUCUGCUAUGGUGAAUUUUGUCAAUGUUAAAAGUACACCAUGUCGGAGGGAAGACAAGGGUAAUAUCUGCAUGUUGAAGUCGAGUAUUUUUCUUACCAUGCAUAACGUCAACGCUCUGUUCCUUCACAUAUCGUUAGUGCUUGCCUAUUGUGGAACAAUCACAGCAGCAGAAUCAAAAGGAUCAGGUCGCUUAUUUGAUUUACAGUUAACAAAGGAUAUGAAAGGAUCAGAUGCAGAUGUUAAAACAUCAGCUUUAUCGAAAUUGAUUAAAUUUGUUGUAAAAGGAAAAGAUAAAAGUGGAGAAUAUCUAUCGAUUGAAUCCAAAGGUAAAGAAGUUGAACUUGGAAUUCAAAUCAAAGAUUCUUCUAUCUUUUGUCCUGGUGACAAAGCUGAUAAUUGUCAAAACGGAUUUAGACGAACUGAUGUUUUACCCGCUGUUGAUGGUAGUAAGACGUUUGUUGGAACAACUGUCUUUCAUCAGUACGCUUACAGUUUAUGCUUCAGAAGGGGAUAA